ACUUUCCACCACAAAUGUCCUAGUCAGAGCUCCCCAUAUAUCCAUAUACCAUGUGCUUGAAAACCUCUGGAAAAGCCAAUACUAAGUUCAAAACACUUUAUUUUCAUUGAGUACACCCCAAAUCCACCCAAGAACAAGAGGGAAAAAACCCAAAAUAAGAACUUUCACUCUCUAUUUGUUCUUUUGAUAACAAAAUUAUGGAUGACUGUGUCCAAAUCCUCCUCGUAACCUUUCCGGCUCAGGGGCAUAUCAACCCCUCUCUCCAAUUCGUCAAGCGCCUCGUGAAAAUGGGCAUCCACGUCACUUUCUUAACGGCCUUUUCCGCCGUCAACCGCAUAACGAAAAGUGCUGCCGCCGUGCCACGAGACGUGACUUUUCUCGGCUUCUCAGAUGGCCAUGACGACGGCUUCAAAGCCGGCAUCGAUUACGAAGUUUACAUGGCUGACCUAAGGAGAUGCGGUUCGGAGGCAGUGGCAAAAGCCAUCACUGCCAGUGGUGACAAUGGAAAGCCCAUUGUGCACGUGGUGUACGCCACCCUUCUCCCUUGGGUAAGCCAGGUCGCGCGUGACCUUCACGUGCCGUCCACUUUACUUUGGAAUCAACCAGCCACUAUCUUGGAUAUUUACUACUAUUCCUUCUAUGGUUAUGGAGAUGUACUCAAUGAGAGCAAAAUAUCUGACCCUUCAUGGUCAAUUGAAUUACCGGGAUUGCCCCGGCUCACUGGCCGUGACCUUCCCUCUUUUCUACUAGCUCCAAACGUGUAUAAAUCUGCGUUGCCUUUGUUUAAAGAGCAUAUAGACACUCUAGAUGAAGAAACAAAUCCGAAAAUACUCGUAAACUCUUUUGAAGCAUUGGAAAUGGAAGCUCUAAAGGCUAUUGGGAAGUUAAAUUUUGUUGCUAUUGGACCACUAAUUCCCUCAGCUUUCUUGGACGGGAAGGAUCCAUCUGACAAUUCUUUUGGAGGAGACCUUCUUCAAAAAUCAAACGACUAUAUCAAAUGGUUGGAUUCGAAGCCAAGAGAAUCUGUUAUUUACGUGGCAUUUGGAAGCUACUCUGCUUUAGCGAAGCAACAAACAGAGGAGGUUGCACGCGGCCUACUUGAUUGCGGAAGGGCGUUUUUGUGGGUGAUGAGAGGAAAGGAAAAUGGUGAAAAAGAAGAAGAAGAUACGAUGAAUUACGAAGAAGAAUUGGAGCAACAAGGGAUGAUAGUCCCGUGGUGUUCUCAAGUGGAGAUUUUGUCACACUCAUCCGUGGGUUGUUUUGUGAGUCAUUGCGGGUGGAAUUCUUCGUUGGAAAGCUUAGUUUCUGGGGUUCCUGUGGUGGCUUUUCCACAAUGGACAGACCAAGUGACAAAUGCCAAGCUUAUUGAAGAUGUUUGGAAGACGGGGGUUCGAUUGACGAAAAAUGGAGAAGGAAUUGUUGACGGUGGUGAGGUUAAGAGGUGCAUUGAAAUGGUGAUGGGAGGUGGGGGCAGAGGGGAGGAAAUGAGAAACAAUGCUAAGAAGUGGAAGAAUUUAGCAAGAGAAGCAACCAUGGAAGGUGGAUCGUCGGACAAGAAUCUCAAGGCUUUUGUUGAUGAAGUUAGAGCUCGUUAGAGCUUGUUUUAGACUAUUCCAACCUCAAUCCAGCGCAUCAAUAAAGGCAUCAACUCAGGAAUUAAUGAACCACAACUUCACUGCACUUAAAUGCAUCUACAUGUACAAUCGUUAACUGUUCCGAUCUGUUAUGCAUCUACAUCUACUUUUUUUUUUUUUUUAUUCUUUUUUCAGAACUUGUAGGUUAGCCUAAACCCCUUCAAAUUUGAAAUGAUAAAUAAUCCCCAUUCGUCCUUGGCUC